AUGUUUGCUACAGCAUCGAUUCUCCCAGCAUUAGGAGUGAUAACACUCCUUUUGCAAGCUUCCGUCGUGUCAUCCUAUCCCAAAACAACCACCUACCCGCUUACGGUCAUUGAUGAAUUCACUGUUCCGCUCACUUUCGAAAAUAUUGCCACCCGUCACAAUGGCCAUCUCAUCGUCAGUUCUACCGCGUCUCCAACACUCUACCAAGUCUCUCCGCUUGAAGUGGUUGCAAUUGCCAAUAUACCUGGGACAACUGGUCUGCUCGGGAUUGCCGAACUAGAACAAGAUAUCUUCUAUGUUGUAGCAGCAAAUGUCAGCUCAACCAGUGCCACCCCUGGUUCAAAUGCAGUUUGGAAGGUAGACCUCCGUGGAUCUGCGUCAUGCUCCGCACGGAAAAGAGCCUCGUCUUUAUCUGCCACGACUUCCUUAGUUGCAAACAUCACCAGCGCUCAAUUGCUGAACGGCAUGUGCCGUUUGGAACCGAACAAUAACUCAACCCUGCUCAUCGCCGACUCUGCUGCGGGUAAUGUUGUGAAGCUCAAUGUGGAAACUGGUGCUUACGAAACCAUCAUCGAUGAGAAAUCAAUGAAACGCUUGGAGACCGGAUUACAGGUUGCUGUCAAUGGUAUUCAUGUUCACGAAUCCGACUUAUACUUCACCAACUUGAACCAAGGGGUGUUUGCCAAGAUUCCAAUCGAAUUGCACAACGGCACAGCGACAGGUCCCACCGAGGUGAUUGUCAAUAAUACAGCUGGUGAUGAUUUCACAAUGUCGAAGGAUGGCAAAAAGGCGUGGAUUGCUAUGAAUGGACAGCAUAGUUUGGUUGAGGUUGAUGUACCUGGGAAGACAGCCAGGGUCGUAGUAGAUUCGACCUAUUUGGCAUCAGCCUCCGCGGUUUCAUUUGGAAGGACAAGACUUGAUCGAGAUUCUUUGUACAUCUCAUCUGCAGGAACACUCGAUCCUACACUGACUAGGAAUAGCACUGCUACCGGAGGUAUCGUUGUUAGGGUCGAUCUUCCAUGA